UGCUGUCCGAUGCCUGCGUGUUAUCUCGUCGGUUGUCGUUUGCCGAUUAGUAACGGUGCACUCCUUCUUUAUCUCUCUCGCCUAAAGCAGAGGAAGAGGUCGCUGAAGAGCUUCAUGAUGAGGAAGAGGAGGAAGAGGCCCUUGCAGGUGAAGAGGAGGAAAAGGAGACCAUGCAGGAGCCAGAUGCCGCGGAGGAGCUGGAAGAAGGCGAAGAGGAGGCAAAGCCUAAGCCAAAACCGUUCAUGAUGCCCAACCUGGUACCGCCGAAGAUCCCCGAUGGGGAGAAAGUUGAUUUUGACGACAUCCACCGAAAGCGCAUGGAGAAGGACCUGAACGAGCUGCAGACCCUGAUCGAGGCCCACUUCGAGAACCGCAAGAAGGAGGAAGAGGAACUGAUCAACCUGACGGACCGGAUUGAAAAACGUCGAUCUGAACGUGCAGAGCAGCAUAGGAUCCGCAGCGACAGAGAGAAGGAACGCCAGAAACGGGUGGAGGAGGAGAAAGCGAGGAAGGAGGAGGAAGAGGCAAAGAAGAAAGCUGAUGAUGACGCAAAGAAGAAGAAGACCCUCACCAGCCUCCAUUUUGGAGGUUACAUGCAGAUGACGGAGAGGCGGAGCGGAAAGAAGCAGACAGAGCGCGAGAAGAAGAAAAAGAUCCUCGGCGAUCGCCGGAAACCUCUGGACAUCGAUGACCUGAGCCAGGACAAGCUAAAAGAAAAGGCCAGCGAGCUGUGGAAGUGGCUGCACCAGCUGGAGGCAGAGAAAUUUGAGCUGCAAUACAAGUUCCAACGGCAGAAAUAUGAGGUUAACGUCCUGAGGAACCGCGUGAGCGACCACCAGACAACCUCAAAGAGAACGAAGAGACUGAGGAAGUGAAGAUCUCUGGAAGAUGAAGACGAGAGCCCUUCAGUCAAUGAGUCCUGAUCUCUGCUGCCAACGACCUUACAGGCUCUUUCUUACCAUGAUCUGGCUUUCCUUCAAUAUUCACGCCCAUGUGUGCACUGCUGACAUGUUGCUGCCAUUGCUUCACAAAAUGUCUACAAUAUUAGUCUUUCAAUACUCUGUAUUGAUAUUUUCUAUUUGUCAUUUUUCCCUUAAAGUAGGUCCUUGUGAAUAGACUUUAAGUUUUCUUUCUGGGGUUUAUUUGAGACCAUUCUGACACACCCUGUAUCCAUAGAUAAAUCAAGAAUUAAAGCUCAAAACGACAUAUAAAA